AAAUGUCGCUCCAUUGUGAAGCCGAAUGAUUCAUGAAAGAUGUGUUUACGAAUGUGACAUCGCCCUCUCUUUUCGGAUUAAUUCUCAGCGAGCUUCCCUCGUCGUCGGCGGUGGUCGCGCGCCUGGCUGCAGUUUCUGGUGAGAAGCACAAUUUGCUAGGGUUUGCUACUUCAUGGCGUCGCACGCUCAUCUCGACGAUGAUGACGAUUUUGGAGGCGACUUCACUGGAACGAACAGCAAUAGGCAUUCAGGAAAUAAGAGAGGUUUUGGCGAUCUCGAAGAUGACGAGGAUGACUACUUUGGCUCCAAAAAGGCAAACUCUAAAGUAGAAGAAACUGCUCCGGGUGUAGCGACAGGAAUGAUUCUGUCUCUUCGUGAGAGUCUUAAAAGCUGCGAGGAUACACUUGCAACAUGCCGGACAGAGCUUGAAGCUGCUAAGUCUGAAGUUCAGAAAUGGAUUUCUACAUUUCAGAAUGAGAAUUUCAUUCCUUCUGGGGCUUCCCCUGAACCUAAAUAUGUGAUCAGUUAUCUACAAUCCCUGAAGUUCUCAGAGGAGUCUCUAAGAGACCAGCUAGAAAAGGCAAAGAAGAAGGAAGCUGCGUUUAUUGUUACAUUUGCAAAACGAGAACAGGAGAUUGCAGAGUUGAAGGCUGCCGUCCGAGAAUUGAAAGCGCAGCUGAAGCCGCCAUCAAUGCAGGCAAGGAGAUUAUUGUUAGAUCCUGCAAUACAUGAAGAGUUUACUCGUCUGAAGAAUUUGGUUGAGGAGAAAGACAAAAAGGUGAAGGAGCUGCAAGAUAACAUUGCUGCGGUCAGUUUUACUCCAUCUAGCAAGAUGGGCAAAAUGCUGAUGGCUAAAUGUAGGACUCUGCAAGAGGAAAAUGAGGAGAUUGGAAAUCAAGCUGCUGAAGGAAAGAUGCAUGAGUUAGGAAUGAAGCUUGCUUUGCAGAAAUCUCAAAAUACAGGACUUCGAAGUCAGUAUGAAGCCUUGCAGAAACAUAUGGAGGGGCUGACAAAUGACGUUGAAAGAUCAAAUGAAUUGGUCAUUGUCUUGCAAGAGAAGCUAGCAGAGAAGGAUCGCGAACUUCAAAGCUUGAAGGAAACUUUACAGCCGAAGAGCCCAAUGGUGGAGGAUAAAGUUGAUUCACCAACCGAGCAGCAGCCCAAAGAUGAGGUGAUUGUUUCGGGUGAUGCUGAAAGCUGAGAUCAAAUUGAUUUCAAAAUUUUGCAGCAGAUCAGAUCAGAUCAUAUUAACGCUUUUCUCCUGUAUAAUAUUUAUUACAUUCGAUUUCCCACAUUGUUGUAACAUUUUGUUUCUUGCCUGUUGAAUUUUUGCUAUAUUCUAGCAGAGAUGAGAAAAGGCAUCAUCCGUUUCGGUUCUGCUUAUAGUGGUGAAAAAUGAGGAUAAAUCUUAAUCCUGUAUUGUCA